AUGGUGUAUGAAGGCGUCAACAAUAUCGGGACGCGGCUCAUCGCGGCGAUCGAGCAGAUGAUCACGCGGAUGCAGGCCUUCGGCAUCCCCGUGUUCAGGUGUACGAGCCAGACCUACACAAACGCUGAGCGCGACCGAACCCACCAGAACGUCAAUGCAUGGAUCCGCUCCAGCGGCCGCUUCGACGGCGUCGUCGACUUCGACGCCGCGGUGUGGAACAGCUCGCAGCCGGACAUGCUGCGGACCGAGUAUGACUCGGCGACUAUCUGCACCUAA